AUGUCGGGCUAUCCACAAGGCCAUUAUGAUGAUGGCUAUGACCAUCAGGGUCAUGGCGACGCCUACUACCACGAUGACCAUAAUGCCCAGGGUGGUUAUUAUGAUAACCAAGAUUAUGGGGAUGGCUACUACGAUAGAGGUGGCUAUUACAACGAUGGCGGUGCCUACGCACACGACGGUGGCUACUACGAUGCGGGCCACCACGACGAGUACUAUGGCGACCAGUACUACGACCAAGGACACGGACAAGGCUACGGUGGGGGACGACGUGGUCGUGAUUCUGAGGAAGAAUCCGAAACCUUUAGUGACUUCACCAUGAGAUCCGAGACUGCCCGUGCCGCCGAUAUGGAUUACUAUGGUCGCGGAGACGACCGAUACAACAGCUACACCGAUAGCCAGUACGGGCGAGGGUACGGAUACCGGCCUCCUUCCUCCCAGGUGUCGUACGGCGGGAACCGGUCGUCUGGUGCGUCAACGCCAGUGUACGGAAUGGAUUACGGCGGUGCUUUACCCGCCAGCCAACGGUCUAGAGAGCCAUUUCCAGCCUGGGCAUCUGAUGGUCAAGUCCCUGUUUCAAAAGAAGAAGUCGAAGAUGUCUUCAUUGACUUGGUGAAUAAGUUUGGUUUCCAACGGGACAGCAUGCGCAAUAUGUACGACCAUCUGAUGACGCAGCUGGAUUCUCGUGCCUCCCGCAUGACUCCCAACCAGGCACUCCUUUCUCUACAUGCGGAUUACAUUGGUGGCGACAAUGCCAACUAUCGUCGCUGGUACUUCGCAGCCCAUUUGGACCUUGAUGAUGCGGUUGGGUUUUCAAACAUGAAACUGGGCAAGGCGGACCGCAAGACAAAAAAAGCCCGCAAGGCUGCAAAGAAGAAGGCAGAGCAAAACCCCGAGGAUGUGGAGGGCAACCUUGAAGCUCUGGAAGGUGACAACAGUUUGGAAGCUGCUGAAUACAGGUGGAAGACUCGAAUGAACCGAAUGUCUCAGCAUGAGAGGGUGCGGCAACUGGCAUUGUUCCUACUCUGUUGGGGCGAGGCAAAUCAGGUUCGGUUCUUGCCAGAGUGCCUUUGCUUCAUUUUCAAGUGCGCCGACGAUUUUUACAACACGCCAGAAUGCCAGAACCGAGUAGAACCGGUCGAGGAGUUCACAUAUUUGAACGAGAUCAUCACCCCUCUUUAUCAAUAUUGCCGAGACCAGGGCUAUGAGAUUCUGGAUGGAAAAUACGUUCGUCGCGAACGUGACCACAACCAGAUCAUUGGAUAUGAUGAUAUGAACCAACUCUUCUGGUACCCAGAGGGUAUUGAGCGAAUCGUCUUGGAGGAUAAGACGCGACUUGUUGACAUCCCUACUGCAGAGAGAUGGACGAAGCUCAAGGAGGUCAACUGGAAAAAGGUGUUCUUCAAGACCUACAAGGAGACUCGUUCCUGGUUCCAUCUGGUUACAAACUUUAACCGUAUCUGGGUCAUUCACUUGGGUGCUUUCUGGUUUUUCACGGCCUACAACGCUCCCACAAUUUACACACACAACUACCAACAGCAGCUGAAUAACAAACCACCACCUCAAAGGUAUUGGUCCGCUGUUGGAUUUGGUGGAGCCCUGGUCUCCUUCAUCCAGAUCUUCGCCACGAUUUGCGAAUGGUUGUAUGUUCCCCGUCGUUGGGCCGGUGCUCAACACCUCACGAAACGAUUGAUGUUCCUUCUCCUGGUUUUUGUCAUCAAUCUGGCCCCUGGUGUCGUCGCCAUCUGGUUUCUUGACAGUGUGAGCCCAAAAAUCCCUCUCGCUAUCAGUAUCGUACAUUUCUUCAUCGCCCUUGCAACAUUUUUCUUCUUCGCCAUCAUGCCUCUUGGAGGUCUCUUCGGCAGCUAUUUGAAGAAACAUGGACGUCAGUACGUUGCCAGCCAGACGUUUACUGCCAGUUACCCAAGGUUGAAGGGAAAUGAUAUGUGGAUGUCAUAUGGCCUCUGGGUUUGCGUCUUCGGUGCCAAGUUGGCUGAGUCUUACUUCUUCUUGACCCUAUCUAUCAAGGAUCCUAUUAUGUAUCUCUCACCAUGGCACCCUCAUCAUUGCGUCGGCAUCAAGUACCUUGAUGCCAAACUAUGUCAUUAUCAGCCUCAGAUUCUGCUUGGACUGAUGUUCUUCAUGGAUUUGACGCUCUUUUUCCUCGACAGCUAUCUCUGGUAUAUUAUUUGCAACACCAUCUUCUCGGUUGCUAGGUCAUUCUACCUCGGUGUAUCGAUUUGGUCUCCUUGGAGGAACAUUUUCUCGCGCCUACCGAAACGUAUUUACUCCAAAGUCCUUGCCACUACCGAUAUGGAAAUCAAGUAUAAGCCCAAGGUUUUGAUCUCCCAGGUCUGGAACGCAAUCAUCAUUUCAAUGUACAGGGAGCAUCUUCUUGCCAUUGACCACGUCCAGAAACUUCUGUACCACCAGGUCCCGUCUGAGCAAGAAGGCAAACGGACCCUUCGAGCACCCACGUUUUUCGUCUCGCAAGAGGAUCAGUCGUUCAAGACGGAGUUCUUCCCACGCGGCAGCGAGGCAGAGCGUCGGAUUUCGUUCUUCGCGCAGUCGUUGUCAACCCCAAUGCCCGAGCCUCUGCCUGUUGACAAUAUGCCAACUUUCACCGUCUUGAUUCCCCAUUAUAGUGAGAAGAUCCUCCUCUCCCUUCGCGAAAUCAUUCGUGAGGAUGAGCCAUACUCCCGUGUCACCCUGCUGGAGUACUUGAAGCAACUGCACCCACACGAGUGGGAUUGCUUUGUCAAGGAUACAAAGAUUUUGGCAGACGAAACUUCUCAAUUCAACGGCGACGAAAAGAACGAAAAGGAUGCGGCGAAGAGCAAGAUUGAUGACUUGCCAUUCUACUGCAUCGGCUUCAAGUCAGCUGCGCCGGAAUACACCCUUCGUACUCGUAUCUGGUCCUCGCUGCGUUCUCAGACUCUUUACAGAACCAUUUCCGGAUUUAUGAACUAUAGCAGGGCUAUUAAGCUGUUGUACCGCGUUGAAAACCCAGAGGUCGUUCAAAUGUUUGGCGGCAACUCGGAGAAAUUGGAACGCGAACUGGAGAGAAUGGCUCGUCGCAAGUUCAAGAUUUGUGUCUCAAUGCAACGUUACGCCAAAUUCACCAAGGAAGAACGGGAGAACACUGAAUUCCUCCUCCGAGCCUACCCGGAUCUUCAGAUUGCGUACCUUGAUGAAGAGCCCCCGGCCAACGAAGGCGAGGAGCCACGCCUCUACUCUGCUUUGAUUGAUGGACACUGCGAGCUACUCGAGAAUGGUAUGCGGAAGCCCAAGUUCAGAAUCCAGCUGUCCGGAAACCCGAUUCUUGGAGACGGCAAGUCUGACAACCAGAACCAUUCCAUCAUCUUCUACCGUGGCGAAUAUAUUCAGGUUAUUGAUGCCAACCAAGACAACUACCUCGAAGAAUGCCUGAAGAUCCGUAGUGUCCUUGCCGAAUUUGAGGAACUGACGACUGAUAACGUUUCGCCGUACACGCCCGGUAUUGCAUCUGCAUCGGAAGCUCCUGUUGCUAUUCUUGGUGCCCGUGAAUACAUUUUCUCCGAGAACAUUGGUGUACUUGGUGACGUUGCUGCUGGUAAAGAACAAACUUUUGGUACUCUCUUUGCUCGUACCCUUGCUCAGAUUGGCGGAAAGUUGCAUUAUGGUCACCCCGAUUUCCUGAAUGGUGUUUUCAUGACGACCAGAGGUGGUAUCUCCAAAGCCCAGAAAGGUCUUCAUCUUAACGAAGAUAUCUACGCCGGUAUGAACGCCAUGAUUCGUGGUGGCCGUAUCAAGCACUGCGAGUACUUCCAGUGUGGUAAAGGUCGUGAUCUUGGAUUUGGCUCUAUUCUCAACUUCACGACCAAGAUUGGUACUGGUAUGGGCGAACAAAUGCUUUCAAGAGAGUACUACUACCUGGGUACUCAGCUGCCCCUUGAUCGGUUCCUGUCCUUCUACUAUGCUCACCCUGGGUUCCACAUUAACAACAUGUUCAUCAUGUUGUCUGUGCAAAUGUUCAUGAUUGUCCUGAUCAACCUGGGAGCUUUGAAGCACGAGACCGUCAACUGCGACUACAACUCUGACCUCCCCGUCACCGAUCCUCUUAUGCCCACGUUCUGCGCCCCUCUUACACCCGUUAUCGACUGGGUCAACCGCUGCGUGAUCUCGAUCUUUAUCGUUUUCUUCAUCUCGUUUGUUCCAUUGGCGGUCCAGGAAUUGACUGAGAGAGGAGUCUGGCGUAUGGCAACGCGUCUGGCCAAGCAUUUCGGAUCUUUCUCUUUCAUGUUCGAGGUGUUCGUAUGUCAAAUCUACGCGAAUGCUGUCCAUCAAAAUCUUUCUUUUGGAGGAGCGCGUUACAUUGGCACAGGUCGUGGCUUCGCAACUGCUCGUAUCCCGUUCGGUGUCUUGUACUCCCGGUUUGCGGGACCAUCGAUCUACGCCGGAUCUCGGUUGCUGCUUAUGUUGCUUUUCUCCACCUCAACUACGUGGACCGCGUCUCUGAUUUGGUUCUGGGUUUCGCUUCUCGCUCUGUGCAUCUCUCCAUUCCUCUUCAAUCCGCACCAAUUCUCCUGGAAUGACUUCUUCAUCGAUUACCGAGACUAUAUGCGAUGGCUUUCGCGUGGUAACUCCCGUUCGCAUGCAUCGUCCUGGAUUGGCUUCUGUCGUUUGUCCCGUACUCGGAUCACCGGUUACAAGCGCAAGCUCCUCGGUGUCCCAUCGGAGAAGGGAUCUGGCGAUGUUCCCAGAGCUCGCAUCACCAACAUCUUCUUCAGCGAAAUCAUUGCUCCUCUGGUCCUUGUUGCCGUCACUAUUGUUCCAUACUUCUACAUCAAUUCUCGAACUGGUGUUGCUAAGGACGAUACUACAACCCAUGAUGCCAUUAUCCGUAUUGCAAUUGUAGCAUUCGGUCCGAUUGGUAUCAAUGCUGGCGUUGCUGGUGCGUUCUUUGGUAUGGCUUGCUGCAUGGGGCCUCUUCUGAGCAUGUGCUGCAAGAAAUUUGGUUCUGUAUUGGCGGCUAUAGCCCACGGUAUUUCCGUCAUCAUCUUGCUCGUUAUCUUUGAGGUCAUGUUCUUCCUUGAGAAUUGGUCUUGGCCGCGGUGCGUCAUGGGGAUGAUCGCCAUGGCUGCUAUCCAACGCUUCUUCUACAAGCUUAUAAUCUCUCUUGCUUUGACAAGAGAAUUCAAGCAUGAUCAGUCUAAUAUCGCCUGGUGGACUGGAAAGUGGUACAACAUGGGUUGGCACUCGCUUUCUCAGCCGGGCAGAGAAUUCCUUUGCAAGAUCACGGAACUCGGUUACUUCUCAGCGGACUUCGUCAUUGGCCAUGUUGUCUUAUUUGUCAUGCUGCCUGCCCUGUGUAUCCCCUACGUCGAUAAGUUUCACUCUGUCAUUCUCUUCUGGCUGCGCCCGAGCCGGCAAAUCCGCCCUCCGAUUUACUCGCUUAAGCAGUCUAAGCUUCGAAAGAGACGGGUGAUUCGUUUCGCCAUCUUGUAUUUCGUCAUGCUUGUCCUGUUCAUCGUUCUCCUCAUUGCGCCCCUGAUUGCUCGAAACGUGGCGGGUAUAACGCUUGACGAUCUAAUGGGCGACGGCAUUCUCAAGGAUCUACUCCAGCCACUUGACAAGGAUAACAACGACACUAUGUCCAGUUAUACCGGCUCCGGUAUCCCCAAGGGUAUGGAGCCUGUUGCGUCGCCCGGCACCUACAAGCUGCUGUAG